AUGGCUUCACGAUUUCCUCGUCAACGUGAUCCCCGCGCCUCUUCAUCUCUCUUCGAUCAAUACGGUGGUGACUCCCGCCAAGCUAGCAGAUCGCCUGCCCAACAACCAGGUGGAUACGGGUACGGAGGUUACUCCAGUCCAGCACCUAAUGGUUAUGCGAGUAGCGGUCCCGCUGGAGCAGGAUAUCAGAGUGCAUCGCCGGAUAAAAAGGGACACUACUCCGAUGCAGUUCUCUCGUCUCUCGAGUCACAAAAUGACGCUGAGGUAGAGGGUAUCAGCGCCAAGGUCAAGAUGUUGAAGGAUAUCACAAUUGCAAUUGGCGAUGAAAUACGAGAUACCACACACAUUACUGACCUCAAUGAUUCAUUCGAUAACACUCGAGUCCGACUCCGCGGGAAUAUGAACCGUAUGCUUCGCAUGGCUGAGAGCACCGGCGUCGGCUGGCGAGUCUGGCUCGGCUUCUUUUUCGCUGUCUUCCUCCUGUUCUUCUAUGUGUGGAUAUUCUGA